AUGUCUGACCAUUUGCAUCCCCUUAUACGUCGGCGAGGAAAAGGUGGUGUUGCGGGUAGGAAGGUACGUGUUGUUGAGAGAGGUCGAGCGCCUAUUGAAAUGGGUGAAGAUGAUCAAGCCACACAAGAUUUCCAAGCAGCCUCGGAUUAUGAACCAACAAACACUGAGAUUGUGCCAUACAUGACACCACAGACUCCACAAAUUUCAAGGGAUCCAAGUCUUACAUCACUUGAAAAUGUAUUUGGUAGUAAUCAACCUCAACAUUUUGACAACGCCCCAAACUUUUCCUCAUCGCCUGUAGAAGGUAAUGAGUUGAAUGAUUCUAACAAUGAAGUAGAUGGUGAUGAGUUGGAGGAUGCAAAUCAAGGUGCAAGCCAAGGUGGUGAACCAUCAGUGAAGAAUAAGCGUAAAAUUUUUCCUAAGCUUUGUGGGACUAGGAGUCAUCAUCUUAAUCAGCACGGCCAAAAGAAAAAAACAAAAAAUAACAAAGUUUCUGUGUUAACAAAGAAAAAAGGCAAAGGAUGA